UUUUUUCUCUCUCUCUCUCUUUUGACUUACUUAAAUCCAAUAAGAAAAAAAAAUAUAUAGUCAUAUUAUACGCAAUGACACAGCAAAAAUUAAUAAACUCUACUAUUACCAAAUAUGAAAUUAGAGAUAUACGUUUCCCUACAUCAAAAUUAUUAGAUGGUUCAGAUGCAAUGAAUAAGGAUCCUGAUUAUUCCGCUGCCUAUAUCAUUUUCUAUACGGAUACUCCAAGCUUUGAAGGUCAUGGUAUGACUUUUACUUGUGGUCGUGGUAAUAACGUUGUCUGUAGUGCGAUCGAAGAACUUGCUGUUAAGUUUGUAAAUAAGAAAUUAUGUGACUUGGUAAAAGAUAUGCGUGCUACUCAUCGAAUUUGUACAGGUGAUUCUCAGUUACGUUGGAUUGGUCCUGAAAAAGGCGUUAUUCAUCUAGCUACUGGUGCAGUUAUCAAUGCUAUUUGGGACCUUUGGGCAAAGGCUGAAAAUAAACCUGUUUGGAAAUUGGUUGUAGAUAUGACUCCUGAACAAUUUGUACAAUGUAUCGAUUUUCGAUAUAUUACUGAUGUGAUAACACCUGAAGAAGCUAUUCAAAUGUUGCGUGAAAGAGAGGCUACAAAGGCUGUCUGUGAGGCUGAUGUACUUGCUAAUGGUUAUCCUAGUUAUACAACCUCUGCUGGUUGGUUAGGUUAUAGUGAUGAAAAGGUACGUAGAUUGAUCCGUGAAGCCAAGGCACAAGGGUUCAAUUAUUUUAAGCAAAAAGUGGGUAGUAAUCGCGAAGCAGAUAUUCGUCGAGCUGCAUUAAUUCGUGAAGAAAUUGGUGAAGAGGGUGUUUUAAUGAUGGAUGCUAAUCAAGUUUGGGAUGUUCAAGAAGCCAUCGAUUGGAUGCAAGACCUUAUAACCUUUAAGCCCUUAUUUAUAGAAGAGCCUACUUCACCUGAUGAUGUACUUGGCCAUGCUACAAUCCGUAAAGGUCUUUACCCUCAUACAAAGGUCGCUACUGGUGAACAUAUUCAAAAUCGUAUCAUCUUCAAGCAAUUAUUCCAAGCUCAAGCUAUUGAUUUUUGUCAAAUUGAUUCUUGUCGUGUAGCAGGUGUUAACGAAGUCUUGGCUAUUCUUUUAAUGGCAAAGAAAUUUAAUAUUCCCGUUUGGCCACAUGCAGGUGGUGUGGGUUUAUGUGAAUAUGUUCAACAUUUAUCCUUAAUCGAUUACAUUUGCAUUACUGGUACAACUGAAGGACGCGCCUUAGAAUAUGUUGACCAUUUGCAUGAACAUUUUAUUCAUCCUGUUAUCAUGAAGGAUGGCAAGUAUACAGCUCCUUUAGCUCCUGGAUACUCUAUUCAAAUGAAACGUGAAUCGAUUGAAUGUUAUACUUAUCCAACUGGAAAGGCGCAUUCUCAAAACUAAUAAAUACUCUAUCUACUAUGUAUAAGCAUAAGUUCAUGAUGCUAUAAAAUAAAAAUUUUCUUUUUUCAUUUGUAGAAUAUACUUCAUUUUCUGCUAAUAAGAGAAGACAAUUCAUA